AAAAGGGAACCCGAAUCUUCCUCCGCUCCCUUGCCGAAAUAUACCCAUUUUGCGCGCGUCAUGUCAUCGUAGCGUCUCCGACCUCUGCAUCGAUCCCCCUCUCCUUGACCACUACUGGUUCUUUCCUCAAACCAUUUUUAAAGAACAGAGCCCUCCUUCUCUUUCGCCUGCUCUCUCUCUCUCUCUACAUUCCACCGUUUCUACCAUCGAAAUCAAAAAAACUCGCUGUCCGAACCGCCUUAGGUAGUGGGGGAUUUCUCCUGUAAUUCUCGCCGGCGGCGUCGUGGUUGGUUGAACUUUUUCUCAUCUCUUUCUCCGUCUGUUUUGUUAUCUUCGGGAUCGAACAAGUGGAAUUUGGCUAGAUCAAACAUUGGUUGAGACACUGUCCAUCCCGGUUGCAAUUCGAAACUCGGGCGAUUCUAGGGGUUGCUGAAUUUGAUAUGGGUGUUAACAAAAAAGAUGAACGAAUGCCAGAAGAGCGUGUACCGGGAGAGGCAAAGGAGAUGCUGAAAUCAUUGGCAUCCAAGUGGGAAGAUGUGACUGAUGCAAAUGCAUUGCAGGUGAUCCCUCUCAAAGGUGCAAUGACCAAUGAGGUCUUCCAAAUAAAAUGGCCAACGAAGACUGGGGAGCUCUCGCGCAAGGUUGUGGUCAGGAUUUACGGUGUGGGUGUGGAGGUAUUCUUUGACAGGGAUAAUGAGAUCCACACCUUUGAGUUCAUGUCCAAACAGGGGUAUGGACCUCGUCUGCUUGGACGGUUUUCCAAAGGACGAAUUGAAGAGUUCAUCCAUGCUCGGACACUAUCGGCUCAUGAUCUGCGUGAUCCAGAGAUUUCAGUACUUAUAGCGGCCAAAAUGAGGGAGUUUCAUGUUCUUGAUAUGCCUGGUGAAAAGAUUGUCUACCUUUGGGAUAGACUGAGAAAUUGGCUCAAAGUGGCAAAGGAUAUGUGUUCUCCAGAUGAAGCUAAAGCCUUCCGCUUGAAUGAUAUUGACGAGGAAAUCACAUUACUCGAGAAGAAUCUCUCCGUUGAUCAACGAAUUGGAUUUUGCCAUAAUGAUCUACAGUAUGGUAAUAUAAUGAUUGAUGAAGAAACCAAAGCAAUCACCAUAAUUGAUUAUGAGUAUGCAAGUUACAAUCCUGUUGCCUUCGAUUUAGCAAAUCAUUUUUGUGAGAUGACUGCUGACUACCAUUCGGACACACCCCAUGUAGUGGACUACACUAAAUACCCUGGUCUGGAGGAGCGCCAACGGUUUGUGCAAGCUUAUCUGAUUUCUUCAGCGGAUAAGCCUGGUGACAAAGAGGUGGAGCAGUUCCUUAACGAUGUCGAAAAAUUUACACUUGGAAGCCAUCUGUUCUGGGGCUUGUGGGGCAUAAUAUCGGUAAUUUCUCCCUCAAUUGCAACUAUUUUUUUUUCCAGGAACACGUCAACAAAAUCGAUUUUGAUUACUUGGAUUAUGCAAGACAGCGAUUUGAACAGUACUGGCUAAGAAAGCCAACCCUGUUGGGUUCAUCAGAAGGAUCCACUACUGCAAAUGCUGCUGGCGCUCCCACUUCCGCCGCCACCACCACUGCAGCUGCCAGUGUGGAUCCUCCUACGGCUGCCACCACCACUACCACUACCGCUGUCACCGCUGAUGGUGCAACUGAUGGUGGGAGAAAGGAAGAGCAAGGGAAAGAGUCUUCUCCAAGUGAAAAAGCAGCAGCAGCAGCACAAGAAGAGGAAGAACGGACGGAUUCACCGAAAGCAGGGGAAGAUGGAGAAGAUGAUAAGGAUCCAAACGGGAGAGGGAAACAGCAGCAGCAGCAAGGUGUAUUCAGGAGGUUCAAGAGGUAUCUGGGCUUCACCAAUGUGUUCAAGAGGCACAGCCACUCUCACUCCCACUCUAAAUCAAUUGAUCACAUUCCUCCACAAGAACAACAAGAUGCCUCCUCUGCUCCUGCUCCUGCUCCUGCUCCUGCUGACAAUGCUGCUGCUGUUUCUGGAAAACCAACAUGAUGAUUCAUAAUACAUUUACUUACAACACUCUUUCUUGUUUUCCAUGGGAGGAAGAAAGGACAGAGGAGAGUACUGCUAGCUAGUAGUUCUCUACUUCUGCUUUCCUCUGUCUUUGUAGCACUUUUGCAUACUAUUAUUUCCUAUUGUUUUGACAUUAUGUAUAUAUAAUUUUUUUCCUUUGUUUGAAGUUUGAAGUUUUACAUUUAACAGAAUGAGGAUAUCAAAUCUUACUACUAAUUACCGUAAAAAA